UUGAGAGGCGAUUCUCGUACGGCGGCGAGUUCCGAAGCUUUUCACCAUCAAAUCGACGAAGAACGGUUUCCUUCACGAGCUCAGAGAUGGAUCCCGCAGCAGAGAGAAGAGACAUGAAGAGGAACAUUGAGUACAACAACAGUUUGAUCUAUGUGGCGGAUUCAGAGUACGGGAUACCAAGUAGGUGUUACUGUGGUGGGAAAAUGAUAGACGAGGUUCAGGGGAAGGAGGAGAGAGACACUCUUCCGGGGAAGCGCUUCUUCACCUGCAUAAACUACGAGGCUGAUGGGCUCCAUUAUCGUCAGCCUUGGGUGUUUGGUGUCCAGGAGGAGAUCGAGAAGCUGACUGCCCGGCUGGAGAAGGCUGAGAAGGUGAUCAAGGAGGUGCCCAUCCUCAAUCAACAGAUUGAGUCACUAGAGGAACAGGUUAAAAGGCUCUCUAGGCAGGUGGAUGUUCUCUCCGUGAAGGUCGCCGACUUGGAGAUGGUCUGCUUGGAUUGAAGGUAAGACUCAACUCAAAGUUUCUGUUUCUCU